CCGUUCCCGAGCGCGCGAGCCUCGCGACGUCCUCUCAGUACAGUGCCGGUCUCUCCGACGUGUACAUCGCGCUCCGCGUAUCAUCACAAUACCAAGUACACAUCGAGGAACAUACGCGGCUCGCUGGCGAGAGAUAAAGUCACACCGAAAUAUGCUAAGCGAGUAGGAGAUACGUUACGAUAGCGGAGGUCGAGUCGGCGGCUGCUGUGGAAGGAGUAUGACCGAGUGCUACUACUCUACUACUGCUCGAGAGCGCCAGUCGCAAAUGAGACGCGCGAGCGCGAUUACCGCUUCUUCUCAGCUCUUGUAGAUCCAGCCAAGCUGCAAGACUCUCUCGUCCUAUAUGCAGGUAGCCGUCGCAGAGCAUCGUAGCACAGCGCGAGCUUUAAAAGUGUACAGUAGCAGCGGAGGCGGCGCUCGAUGCCGACGAGCUGCUGUGGGGCCAUCGAUCGCAGCAGCAGCAGCAGCAGCAGCAGCAGCGGAGCAGUAGCCUGGAGGCUCUGGGAAUAUGCUAGAGAAGAACGGCGGAGCGUCGGAGGCGUGCAGCAGCAGCAGUUGCUGCUGUUUGAGGGACCCCGAGCCUCCUGCCUGCUACUGUGAGCGAAGCGCCGGCGAGACACUCUAGGAUGAGCAAGAGCGUCGAGCUGCUCGCGAGCUCCGAGGAUGCCGAGCCGGCGCAUGAGGAGAACCGAACGGACGAUCGCUCCAGGCUGAACCUAAACGGGAGUCGUCAGCUGUCGCGUAGCGCAACGGAGCUUCGCGAGAGUCCAAAGGGUGGCGAAAGCUCGUCGGCGGGUCGUUCGCCGGAGCAUCGCCGGGCCCGUACCGGCGACAGCGGAGUCAUCCACAGACUGCGCCAUCAGCACCGACAUGUCUCCGUGGCUCAGAGGACCCACGAGUUCUUCGCUACCCUCAAGUCCAGAUGGGUCAGAAGUCGAAGCAAGGAGAGAAAGAAGUCCAAGGACGCCGGGCUACUGCUCGACUCCCACGGGAAGGCCCAGGAGUCGGACUACGCGGCGGACUACUCGUCGGAGCACAGCAGGAGCUCAUCGGCGACCCAGAGCCCUGCCAGACACUACCUCAAUCAUCCUGAAUCUCCUCUGGCGCGUACGAACCGAGCGGACAAGGUGGUCCAGCUCCAGGACGACAGCUCGGGCCGUUGCAGCGACGGUUCGCCCAAGGCCCAGCGUCCAUCUCCGGCAGCCUCACCCGCUGGGGUUUCCGGCGGCAGUGAGGCUCAGAACGAGGACGACGCCGGUGGCAAAUCCGACGGCGGGGGUGUACCCACGGGUAUCCUCCAGGACGAGUCGGCGCGUCGACGCGAGCUCGCGCUUCGGCAACACGCCUUCUUCCAGCUGCGGCUGCACAUACGCAGAGGUGCCAAUCUCGUCGCGAUGGAUCGAUGCGGAGCCAGCGAUCCUUACGUGAAAAUAAAAUGCAGCGGUCGUCUGUUACACAAGUCACGCACAGUUCACCGAGAAUUAAACCCGGUGUGGGACGAGAGUGUGACCUUGCCAAUCGAGGAUCCGUUCCAGCCUCUUAAUUUUAAGGUUUUCGAUUACGACUGGGGUCUUCAGGACGACUUUAUGGGUGCAGCACUGUUAGAUUUAACGCAAUUGGAUUUAGGACACCCUCAAGAUUUUACGCUAGAGCUCAAGGAUCCGGCCAGGCCGCGCCAGCAUCUCGGCGAGAUUUUCAUCUCCGCUACUCUCUGGCCGAGAAACCAGCAGGAGAAAGAGCAGUACUUCCAAAGGAGCAGUCGACUGGCGGACGUGAAUCGGAAGCUAAAGUCUCAGAUAUGGAGUUCGGUUGUAACAAUAGUCCUCGUCGAGGCGAAGAACCUACUGCCAAUGGAUAUCGACGGUCUCUCGGAUCCUUACGUCAAGUUCCGCCUGGGCACCGAGAAGUACAAAUCAAAGGUGGCGAACAAGACCCUGAACCCGGUCUGGCUGGAGCAGUUCGACCUGCACCUCUACGAGGAUCCAUACCUGGGCCAGGAGUUGGAGGUGACCGUCUGGGACAGGGACAGGAGUCACCAGGACGACCUGAUGGGUCGAGCGGUCAUCGACCUGGCGACCCUUGAGAGGGAGACGACGCACCGGCUGUGGCGGGACCUCGAAGACGGCGCUGGUAACAUCUUCCUGCUGCUCACCAUCAGUGGGACUACCGCGAGCGAGACCAUCAGCGACUUGGCUGCGCACGAGGAGACGCCUCAGGAGAGGGCUCGGAUGAUGCAGAAGUACGCGCUGGCUAACACGUUGCAGAGGCCACGGGACGUUGGCCACCUGACGGUCAAGGUUUACCGAGCGCAAGGCCUCGCCGCAGCCGACUUGGGUGGUAAGAGCGAUCCUUUCUGCGUUCUCGAACUUGUCAACUCGAGGCUGCAGACUCAGACGGAAUACAAGACUUUGACACCGAACUGGCAGAAAAUCUUCACUUUCAACGUGAAGGACAUAAACUCGGUGCUGGAGGUGACGGUGUACGACGAGGACCGGGACCACAAGGUCGAGUUCCUCGGGAAAGUCGCGAUACCGCUCCUGAAGAUUCGCAACGGCGAGAAACGCUGGUACGCGCUCAAAGACAAGAAGCUGCGAUGUCGAGCCAAAGGCAACAGCCCGCAGAUCCUGCUCGAGCUCACCGUCCUCUGGAACGUCCUUCGGGCCUGCAUAAGGACGCUCAAUCCCAAGGAGAAGAAGUACAUGGAACCCGAGAUGAAGUUCAAGAGGCAGGUCUUCCUCAGGAACGUCCUCAGACUCAAGUCGAUCAUCGUUAUAUUCAUCGAUUUGGGGAAAUACAUACAGAGCUGCUGGGAGUGGGAGAGCAAGAUGCGCAGCAUCAUCGCCCUCGUCCUCUUCGUCGUAGGAGUCUAUUACUUUGAGCCCUACAUGAUACCGACUGCUGCUUUCCUCAUCCUAUUCAAGUACUAUGUGGUAGCAGUUUUGACCGGAGCUCCUCUUCCUCACCAGAUGACCGUUCACGUUCAAGAUUCUACGGACCCCACCUCGGAAGACGGUCCUCCGACUCCCGGAGACGACGACGACGACGACGAAGACAAAGACAAGGAGGAGAAAAAGAGUCUGAAGGAGCGACUGCAGGCAAUACAGGAAGUGACGCAGACGGUGCAAAACUCGAUCGGCUACAUAGCGAGCCUCUGCGAGAGGGUGAAGAACCUGUUCAACUUCACCGUUCCUUACCUCAGCUAUCUCGCGAUGCUGCUGGCGAUCCUCGCGAUGGUCGUACUCUACCUCGUCCCGGUGCGCUACUUGAUACUCGGCUGGGGCGUCAACAAGUUCGCCCGGAAACUCAUCAGGCCUCACACGGUGCCCAACAACGAAGUUCUCGAUCUCAUAUCCAGGGUACCCGACGACGAGGAGCUGCUAAACUACAGGGAGUUGAAACCGGUACCAACGGCCGACUGCGAGAGCCGAUCAGCCGCGGGUGCAUCGGUUAAUCCCACGGCUGGAAGCACCGGUACGGCGACGCGUCGCGAGCUCCGGAAGCGUCACAAACAGGCGGCCGCGUAGCAACAGCAUGUCCCGCGGCCUGAUGUCGCGGGCCUCAGGGCACACGGCGUUCUCAAGCGCUCUCUGCUGCGUCAGAAGUUCGAGUACCUUCGCCAGCGGAUGGGCUCAACCGAGAAGCCGGAAACCAUGCCCGACAUGGACUGAGACACUGAGCACGAGAUGUUAUGCUACUGCGUGUGUGCGUGUGUGCAAACGACAGACGCGUCAGAGUUGUUGUUGUUCUUCUUGUUCCGGUUAGCAGGCGAUUAUGCUUCGACGCAGGCUUGGACGACUCGCGAGGACUGCAGUCAUUUUUUUAUAUAUACAUUACUACACACUUCCAAAGAACAUAACAUUCAUAGUGCGAAUAUUUCGUUAAUACUUUACAUAUUUUACUCGUAUGAACUUCCAGUUUUUUGAUAAUUUUCUUUUAUGGUGUUUUUAGUCAAGAGGGACUGAUUUACAAUAUGUGUUUUACAACGAUAGGUUUAUAUCGACAUAACGACGUUUAAGAUGUGAUAAAUUGUAUAAGAUAAGUUGUUUAAGUGCACUCGUUUUAGGUGCACCCGCGCAUGUAAGGAGCCGCAUGUUAUAGUUUACUAUGAUUUCAAUGGUCGUCCGAGUCAGCGUCGAGGUGAUCACGCGUUACAUGGAAACGGAUCACGAUCGCGCGAAGAUUUUUAAAUAGCUGCCUUAUUAAAGUAAAAAAAAACAAACGAUUUAAGAAAAAAAGGCGUUGGAUUAUUAUAAAGUAAAAUGAAACGUUGAUGUUUUUCCACAGCACUGAGUCAAUAGCCGCUAAUUAUUUUUGUAAUUAUAUCCCUUUUAAGAUUCCAGUUAUAUAAUAUGCUCGCUACGUAUAUUUAUUAUCGAUGUAAGCAAUUUUUACGAUCAUAUGUACAAUCAAAGUAUAUUUAAAACAUAAAGUUAUUUAUACAUUUUUAAUGUGACAUAAUGUUAAGCAAAUUAUAGAUUAGGAUUUAAGCUGGAGAAUCCGCAAUUGCAAAAUAAUUAAACGCAAUUUUCUCGGUGCUGUUAUAUCUCUCAAUAUUUUAAUUCGCGCAAACCUAUAUUAUGGUAUUAUAUAUACUUGAAUCCGUGUAAAUGUUUUCCAAACGCUGACUUCGAGCAUCUGCGUAUUAGCAAAGCCAAAAAAAAUCAGUCGCGCAAAUUAUAUUCUGUAUUAUAUAAAAUAUGAAUAAUGAAAGGCUUUGUCAAUUAUGUAUAAAACGAAAAGUAUGCUUACGAAAACAAAACUUCUUCUCACAGGAAUAGGCUAUAGUAAAUGGAAAAUUAUGUGUGCAACAAAACGUGAUUUCGUACUUCCAUAAUUCUAAAUGCAAAGUAAUGCAAGGUCGACAAUUUUUUGUUUUCGUAAGAUGUAAGCGUGAGCUUCUCUCGUUUCGAUUAUAAAUGAUGAUCUCUCUGCUAUCCACACUAUGUGCUUCGAAAAUUCGUGCGAUCGCGUUUCUCUGGAGUGAAAGAUUUGUAGAAUGAAAAACCUUUACGUAGGCUAUCGACUAGCAGAAAGUCAUAGUCGACAUAUUUUGACGUCAGGAAAGAAACAUUGACUAAUGGGCUAUUCGAUUUCCUUUCUUGAUUAACCAUCAGAUUUGUAAUUAGCGACUACAUUUUUAAAGACCAAAUUAUGAGACCAAGUAUGCGCUUGAUUUUUAGUCGUUGUUCCUAAACAUAUAUACAUACUAUCAUACCGCCUUUAGUUUGAAGAAUAAAAGAUCGAAUGUAAUUCGUUUUCAACUAUACGUACAAAUCUACAAUUAUUUUUUGUAUCUUUAAAUCAUUGAAGACUUCCACAAAGUUGGCCAAACUAUAGUUUAAGAGAUAUUAAUGGAGAUGUUUGUGAAAUAUUAGUUAAUGGAACGUUAUGACUAUUUUCUAAAAUGUAGCAGAGCGAGAAAAGAUAUUAGAGGCCAAUGGUAGAACAUUGACGAAUGAAAACAAUUUUAUUUUUAAACUGUUUAUCGUACAACAAAGUUACAAAUUUUAUCGACUAACGAAAUUAGAUUUCUAUAUAUAGUCAGAUAUAUAUGUAUACCGCUUACGUUUCUAAAUUGAUAAAACCUGACUGCAAAUCAUAAUCACUAACAUAAUCAAGAAAAAAUCAUGAUCUAUCGCUAAAAAUGGAGACAUCAAUAAUUUUCGACACAUUUAUAGCUAAUUACAAAUUGGGUCGUUAAUAAGAUCAAUUGAAAGGCCAGACGAUAAACUUAUGCCAUAUCCAACAUAGAAGAAUCAUAUAAUAUUACAAAUCGCACGAAAUUCGAAAAAAAAAUUUCAAGCGUAAAAAUAAAUUACGCGUACAUUACAACGCAAUACCUAUAAUAUAUGAAUACAAAAUACAUUGACUCUUCUAGCAUAUCUUUAAAAACUGAUAAAUCAAGCGUAAAUAAUUUCUAUAGAGAAUUUCGAUAACUACUACGUCUAGCUUUAUCGGAUUCGAGAGGAGGUAUACGUAGAUGAUACACACACAGUUAAAUAUAUCUUCAUUAUUACGAUCUUUUUCGGAAGAUCGCCGACCAUUUCGUCCAUCGAUGUCUUAGGUUAGCUAGGCUAAAGAAAUUUAACGAAUUGCGGGAGUAGGCAGACGUAAGAUUAUUUGAUGAUCAUAAAUUGUUUUCAACAAAUAAAUGGUUUAUUUUCAUUAUAUGAAUCGAAAAUCGAAAGCAUUAAGUUUAACAAAAUUAUUUUUCACAUCAAAGUAUUGUGAAAUGACGAUUUGCUUAUUCCUGCCCACGAGAAAACUGUUAAAGCUCGCUUUGGCCGUGCAGUAAAAUUGCUACAGCACGGUUAUCACAAAUAAACGUAUGCAUGUGCAUUAUAAAGUAUAAAGACAAACAAAGUGAUUGUAAUGAAUGAAAGUGAAGGCUUGCAAGAGAGUGUGAUAAAAACGUUAGAUUAACAUUAGAAUGACAAUGCGAGAAGAAAUAUUACAAGUUAGUUCCUUGCUUCCUUAUCCGCGAAAACAUCACAGACCAUUGCGAUUCAAGUUUUAAGAUAAUAUUAGACGAAACUUGGGCACAUAAAGUAAAUACUACUAUUUAUGAACUCAUAACUUUAUGGUGCACUUUUAAAGUAUUGUAAUUCUUUACAGACCUAUACUGUCAGUUUUGAGUUAGCUUAGUUUCUUACAAAUGUACGCGUUUAAAUACAUGAAGUAAAUUGCCGAAAAACAUCACUAAAUUUGACGCGUCCUUUAAAUUAUGAUGGUUAUCUGAUAACAUGAAGUUUGAACGUAUAAAAAAUUAGAACUGAAUUAGAGCUUAAAAUUUCAACAUUAUAUUUUAAAGCAAGUUUGAGUGUUGGUGAAAGACGAAUAACAAGUUGAGCUUAAAAACUAAAGUGCUAUAUUUCUUCAGGAUUUUUUUAUAUUCUGCUGGAGGAGAUUUCAUAAAUCUCUAGAAAUAUUUUUUAUACUGGCGUGUUGUGUUAAGCUUAUAAGAUGAAUCGAGACGUACGAUUUUCAAACAAAAUCGACUAUGUUAUAAGAUUGGCUACCGAGCAUCGCAAUAGCAUCAUAAUUUUUUUGUUAGACGUGUGGUCACUUCUCAUGGAGCUUAAUUCUAAAAUUUGCUGUGCAUCUACCAAAAAAUAGAAAGGUGAAAGUUGAUCACCAAAAGUUAAAUCAUGAUAUGAUCAAGUUCUGUGCUAUUAUACAAAGAAGCAUGUAUAUUUUGCACAAAUUAUUCAAAAAAUGAUUAUAUGUAUACCUGUAAUCUAAAAUGGAAUCGUAGAAUAAAAUCGACGAUUUUUGCCUGUGCAUGCUUUCUCGUUAGAACGUCAUUUGAUAAUAUGAAUUUAAUAAAUUAUUGAAUAAUGAUCUUUUCUAAACGAAUAAAUUAAUGUCUUACUAUCUUCUAAAACUAAUUCAGAUGAUUGUGUUAUACAAUAGCCUCUGUACUUUAUUUCUAAAACUCAACCAUCGUUGAUCUAUUAUAUUUUAAAAUAAAUAUAUGUGUAUAGAGAGCUGGGCCUACGGACACGAAAAAAUAAAUGUAUAAAAGUAACCAACUUUGCAUUUAACAAGAAUACCUUUAAUUACAAAUACAUCGAUUAAGAUGUCUUUUGAUAUACUAUAUCUUUACAAAAAUUUUUAGUCUCUUAUAUGUAUAUGGAAAUAAUGUAUGAGCCACUAUUUCUUUAGUCACGAUUCCAAAUUUAUUUAUUUAAACUCGAUUUGAGUUAUAAAAUUAUUCGUUUUUUAUCAUAUAAAAAAAAAAAUCUACUUUCAAAUAGUUUAAAUGAAUAAAUUAUUCUGAUCAAUGUGCAUAGCAAAGUAUAUUCUGUGCAUACGUUACUUACAUCAGUUAGGCAAUGAAAUAUCAUAACUAACAGCGGCGAACAUUCGAUCGUUCAUUGAAAUGAAAAAUUAUUUAGAAGCAAUGAUUGCAUAAUCAUUGAUUAUAAAAUAAUCAAUUAUCUGAACUAUGUCAUAAUUUCCGAGCAUAAAACAGUUUUGAGUAUCUUAAGUAAAAGGAAAUCUGCUUUUCAAAAAAAAUCCUGUAUACAACAGCAUUGAUUAUAUAUGAGUAAGAAACAUUCCUAAUUAUUAUUUAUCAAUAUUUAUGAAUAAAGCGACGUGUUAAAUAAGAUUUUCGUGAGAAAUAAUGGAUUUAGUAAUUUCAACAACGUGUCAUGCCCUUUUAUACUCUUCCAUUUUUGUACUUCCAAUGUUUCAAGUGUAUACGAGACUUUAAUAGUUUUUUAGGUAUAUAAGUUACAGCUUUUGGUGUGUCUUUUAUAAAAUAUAUUGGAUAGAAGCAAUUCGAUGUUAAAAGUAAUUUUUCUAGUUACUAUUAUAGAGAUUUUUCUAAAACAAACUGCAUGUUUGCACAGGCACUAUCCUGUCACGCACUCCUAUAAAAUAGACUAAACAAAAUAUUGAUACAAGACGUUAUACUUCGAUAAAUACUAUAUGAAUAAAAGGAAGGACCUGAGAUCAAUUAAAAGUGUGUAUCAAGUAUAGUAUAUAAAUAUUAGACUUUGAAAGUAAAUACAAAGUGUACAAAUUAUUGUUGAGUUGUAUUAAAAAGUUGACAUAUAUAAAUAUUAUGCGAUAUCGCAGCCAAAAGGACGUGAGACUAUGUAAAUAAUUUAGAAAAGUCAAUUUGAAGAAUGAAAAUAUAAUUGUUGGUUAUAAAUACUGUUUUUGAGCGAUCUGAACAUUUACGAUUUCCAACUAAAACUCAUGUCCUUCCUUUCUCGAGAAAACUAGUCUAUAUAAACUCGAUAAGUCACGAAUCAUGGACAAAUGCUGCUUAUCGAAAAUAGUUCUACGCAUUCUUUUAAAUCGCUUGUGACUACAAAAAUUCAUUCAACUGAUGCAUCAUUUGUUGAAUAAAAUUUCCAAAAAUGUAACAUUAUAUGUUACAACUUUAUAUUGGCAAACGUAUCUUAUUUUAUAUUUCAAUCUUUAUCACCGAACAUACUUAGCGCUCAAUUUAGUUGCAUAUUCGAGCGUGAAAUUUUCAAUUUUCUUCGUAUUAUAAUAAAUACAAAUUUUUCAAGCGAGAAAGCUUCAGUAGUCAAUAAUAGGCACAAGCAUCGAAUUAUAAAUUUAUAACAGGUCAAGGAUAAGAUUUUAACAGUAGAAUGCCUAAAAAGUUUCGCGUACUAAUGUUGACGGUCUGGCAAGAGUUUGAGCAUCAAUUGCGAUGAAAUCUCGUCGAAUAAGUGCAAAAUUAUACUUCUAUACUAUAUUAUAAUAUAUCUUGAAAUUAUGAAUGUUCAAACUAUUGAUCCAGAUAAAAAAAAACACAGAAAUUGCAAAAAAAUGCUUCGCACAGAAUUCUUAACUUCCUGAAUCUAAUUAGUGUAUUAGAGGACGAUUGUGCAGUGCGAUUGUGAUCUGAUCGGAUGGCUGUCGCAAAAUUGCAACCAAUUGAACAAACGAUGUUUGUACUGCUGAUCGAUUUGCGCAUGCGAACGAGCUACGUACGCUGCGGACUUUUGAAAUCGAAUUGUCUUCGUUUCUGGGUCGAACGCAACGCAAACCCGAUCAUUGCAGCAAAUUGCGUUCAUGUACUUACGAAGUGAUAAAAAAUCGUUAUUAUUAUCAUUAUUAUAUUAUAUAUGAAGAAGAGAUAAAUAUCGAAAUAAAUGAAGCUUUUAUUAAUAUCCAAUAA